ACAUGCGCAUUGUACAUUAGUUGGCGCCAGUGGCUGCAGUGUUGGAGGCAAGUUUGACUUGAACUGAACCACAGGAGGACUGCAGCAGCCACAGCCAUGACCAGACAAAGAACCACCGUGUUCUUGAAGGUGUUGCCAAGCUUCCUAUUGUCUUUGAGUCUCCGGUGAAGGGAGCCCCUAUCCAAUUGUUUCUCAUGAGGACAUCUUGGUGAAAAUGGUUGGUAAAGAGCAGAAUGACAGACACCGUAAGAGCUUCAUGCAGAAACAUCCCAGCUUACAACCCAGAAUGAGGUCAAUUGUGCUUGACUGGUUGAUUGAGGUGAGUGAGGCGUACACCCUUCAGUGGCAGACGCUCUACUUGGCACAGGACUACUUUGAUCGCUUCAUGUUGACCCAGAACAAUGUGGAAAAGGAUGAGCUGCAGCUCAUAGGCACCACCUGUCUUUUUAUUGCAUCUAAAAUGGAGGAAGCAUGUCCUCCAAAGCUGUCACAGAUGGCUUAUGUGACUGCAGGGACAUACUACGAAGAGAUUCUUCAAAUGGAGAGAAUCAUUUUGAAGGCUCUGCAUUGGAAGCUCUGUCCUGAAACAGCCAUCUCGUGGCUGAAUCUUUACCUCCAGAUGUUGUGGAUGAACGCCGGCUCUGACCUGCUGGAGCCACUGUUUCCACAGGACAUUUACAUACAAAUGACACGGGUAUGUGAUUGGUUCGGUGUCUUUUAUUUAUUUAUUUGAGGCCGAGACACAAAUCUCGGCCUCAAAACUGACCUUCAUUGAGAUGAGAUUAAUUGGGGACCGGCAUGAGUGUUUGACUUUUGGCUUGAUUGUUAAAAAGUUGAUCAGUUACUGUGAUAAAUUAACAAGAU